AUGGAAGAACUCUUGGAAAUGGAAAGUCGAUUGUGGGACCAGGUCGAUCAAUUGACUUCGCAAGAAGAAUACCUCGUAUGGGAAGAACGAUGCAACGAGUUCCUCGAGUCCCUGAAAGAACAAAACGCCCUCGAUCAUCGAUCGGUGUUCAACAAUCGUGCAUUGGUAAUACAUAAGACACUCGAAGUGAAUACCGCUUUUAAUGGAGAGUUUGUAGCGGGUGAUAAACGCUCGAACAAGACUAUCAGCGAGAAGAACUGUGAAAUCUUUGGCGAGAUCAAUCUCGAAGAGUGGUACGAGCAACGCGUCGUCGAACCCACCUUAGCAUCGUCGUGUAUACUCAAUUUAAUUGUUAACGUGAAUAAAUAUAUGCCGCUGCAUGCUGGAUGUACCAUACAAUUACCAGCGAGAAAUACAACUAAAGAGACCUGUAAUAAACGUAUGCUCGAACGACAAUGCAUGUUUCGCGUGGUCAGUGGUGGCUGCUCUGCAUCAAGUCGAAAAUCGGCUGCAAACGACGUGGGACACUUCGUGUGGAUCAAAAACUUGUCUCGCCUCGUGAGCUCACAAUUGAGUAAACAUAAACGUAGAAAAUACUUUUGCGAUAGAUGCUUGCACUACUUUAGUUCGAGUGAGAAGCUAGAAGCUCACACCGUAGAUUGCGAGAAGAUGAACGAAUGCGCAAUCGUAUUACCAGAUGAUGAAAGCAAGUGGCUCAGCUUCGACAACUACAUCCAGAAAGAGCGACUUCCAUUUCUGGUGUACGCCGACCUCGGGUGCAUUCUGGAGAAAACUGAUCGAGAAGCGCCAAGAUCCACAUACCAGCAUCAUAAAGUAUUUAGUAUUGCAUAUUAUGUUCAAUGCGCGUACGAUUCGUCCUUGUCGGUGUACCAGUGUCGUCGUGAUGCGAAUUGUGUUUCCUGGUUCGUCGAAGAAUUAAAGAAUUUGGCACAUUUUGUUAAAUCAAUUUUAUCAAAUAACAUACAAAUGGAUGAUUUAACGAGCGAAAAGCAGGAGGCAUUUCCUAACGCGACGCAUUGUCACAUUUGCAAAAAACCGUUUGGAGAAAACGAUACGAGGCUUCGCGAUCAUUGCCAUCUAACCGGUCGGUACAGGGGUCCCGCGCACUCCAAUUGUAAUCUAAAUUAUAAAGCUCUUUUUGCAUUCCCAUAGUUUUUCAUAAUUUGUCUGGUUACGAUUCGCAUUUUAUUAUCGAAGAAAUAGCUAUAGCUUUCGAGGGUGCCGUCAGUGUAUUGCCGAUAACAAAAGAAAAGUACAUCUCGUUCACAAAAAGUGUCGAAGAUCCAAAUAGACUGUCGCGAAAUUGUAUAAAAUUGAGAUUCAUCGAUUUAUACAAAUUUUUGAGUACUAGUCUCGAUAAAUUAGCGUCUUUCUUAGAUAAAACCAAAUUAAGAAUUUUACAAACCGAGUUUCCAAAUUUGUCUACCGAAUAUUUCGAAUUAUUGACGCGAAGGGUGUUUUUCCGUACGAGUACAUUGACUGUGCCGAAAAGUUGGAACAAUCAUGUUUGCCAUCACGCGAAUCAUUUUACAGUUCCUUGACAGGUAAUACAGUAUCGGAGAGCGAGUACGCGCACGCCGAGAACGUGUGGACGCGGUUUUCCAUUCAAAUGCU